UAUUACCCGUCUUUUCCAUGUCGGUGCAACAGGGGUGUUUUGUUUAAACAAAUACAGCUCACAUCAAGGGAUGAUUUUACACCUUAUUAGAGAAGUCAACAGGCUUCAGGGCAGAGGAUGCAUCCACAGUGUUGUAGUGGUUGGUGAAAUUUCAUAAAACCUAGAGUCUAAUACCCACUGGAAACCAAUAUGAAGCCGACUAUCAAGAACGCGAUCUUUAUUUUAGUAUUUUGGGCUCCACUGCUGUUGUGCUGUGCGCCAGAACAGGACUUCUUCCUGCUGUCGGGCGGUGCCACCUGGGAGCAGGCUAGACAACACUGCCAGGUCUGUUACCAUGAGCUGGUCAGUGUGACCGCACAAAACAUCCAGACCAUCGUCCGGGUCCUCAACCUCACCUCCGACUCCUGGAUCGGCCUCCGCAAGCACCUGAAUGCCUCGAGCUCCGGCUCUGCCUUGCCCUGGUCCCGCUGGGCCAAUGGGGAUCCCCUCACCUUCCAGAACUGGUACCCGGGCUGGCCUAAGGCCAAGCCUGUUAACACAACUCCCGCCUGCAGCUGCUGUUGUCCCAGCGACAUAGACACGACAGAACAACCACCAACAACCGAUGAUCUGAUGACAGCUAUGAAUUCAACUAUGGAUUCGACCAUGGACUGGAGUAUCCAAACCCAAACCCUAAUCCAAACCCAAACCCAAACCCUAACCCAAACGCUAAACCCAAACCUAACCCAUGUCAGUAAUACUUCGAGUAAUGGUACAAGUGAUGAAAAUGAGGAUGCUGAUGGGUACAUUGAAGACACUUGUGUAGCCAUGCUCAGCUUCGGGGCAUGGGUUGAGAAGGACUGCAUGAAGCUUCUGCCCUAUAUUUGUUACGAAGAUCGUUUCAAGGGCAGCGCCACGCAGACCAACGUGACCUCCAGCAGCGCCACUCUGACCUGGCAGCCUGGGCCUGGCAACAUCAGCCAUUACGAGGUAGAGGUCAACGGUGAGAAGCUGCCGGUCCACCUGAGGAAUUUGACCUACGACCUCGUCGGCCUGACAUCAGGCACCCUGUACUCGGUCAGGGUGUUCGCCGUUAAGUGUAACAGGUCCCUGAACCCGCAGACGGUCCGUUUCUACACCAGACCCGGGACGGUGCAAAACCUCAACAUUACCAUGGUAACAACCACCUCUGUGGCCAUGCACUGGACCGUGGACGGAAACGCGAGUCAGUACGAAAUCAGAGUGCACGGCACCCAGAACCUGACGAAUCUCAGCACCAGCAAGGACACAGAGGUCAGAGGCCUGACGCCCGGAGGCCUGUUCACAUUCGAGGUCAUGGCGGGGGUCGGGGACAACUCCUUGUGGGGGGAGGCAGCCAGCAUCUCCGCCUACACCAAGCCUGGCAAAGUGUCCAACCUGACCGUGUCUGAAAACUAUCCUCACUCCGUGAUGCUCAGCUGGAAUCCACCUGAGGGAAACGUCAUGGAAUACCGGGUGACAGCUCUGAACAUCACCAAUGUCAUGCUGUCCAACAUUACAGUGAAUGCUACGAAGACAACAGUGGAAAACCUGCCGACGGGGACCAAGCUGUGGCUGAGUGUGGUGGCGCUGGUAAACGGCUCCGUGGAGGGAGACAACGUCACCACCACCAGCAGCACUGCUCCUGCAUCCGUUUCCAGUUUACGUUUGCUCCCAACAUCUAACAGCAUCACUGCCAGCUGGGAACUUCUUGAGAGUGGCUAUGAAUACUUCGACGUCGAGUACCAGCAGAGCGGCUUCAGCAAGAACAAUCAGACAUCCAAAAACACGACGCUGACUAUUAACGGCCUGAAGGCUGCGGCAAACUACACAGUGGCCGUCUACACCGUGAGCGGAGAUCUCAGGAGUCCAAAAACGGUCAUGUCCAACUUCACCUUGCCGGUGAAGCCCGGUGAACCCAGCAUCCGGUCAUGGAAUGCAAGCCGCAUCAGCCUGGAGUGGCCUGCCAGUGAAAACACAGAGGCAGCCCGGUACCUGGUCAGCGUCCGCGCUUCCUUCUGGGGCGACCACUGGGAUGAGACAGUCAACAAAACCAGCAUCACGUUUGAUAACCUGCGCUCAGGAACCAAGUAUGACUUUGAAGUGCGAACGCUGGCGGGGGAUCUGAAAAGCGAUCCUGUCUCCAUAUCAAAGCAGACAGAUCCAGAGGAGGGCAGGAUCGUUCUGUCCAUGCUGUGCUCCUCAGUGGAGCCUCUCCUCUGCGACCACCAAACCACAAGGGACCACAUGUUUGAAAAGUUGCAUGACCAUUUCAAGGGCCUGAUGUCGACGCAGGUCUUCUGGAACCUGACCGUGCUGAAGCCCUGACUUGGACCAAACAGACACACAUAGAAAAAAUGUGAAGUUGAUCUUUUUGUUCUGCUGUUGGGUCUUGGUGGUGGCUUGUUUGGAGAAUUAUUUUCUGUCUUGAGUUUUCUGUGAAUAUGAAGAUGUAGCUCCCACAUCCUGCUAUCCCCCUGAAAGUCAUUACACUCACCAGUGCAGUAAUGAACCUGUUGGCAAUGGAAAUAAGAAAGCAUUGACAUAAAGUGGCAUCUUAGUAUGAGUUGCAGGAAUAGAUAUAGUUGAAAUUUUGC